CGCCAGUAGCGCUCUCGCUCUCUGCAACGUGAAUCUAAUUCACCUGGUCGAAAAUUUGAUAACGUCGCCCAUAAUAAUACAAAACAAAGUAGCAAUUUAUUAAAAGUUCACCUAAAAAUGGUAAUUUUUUGACAAACUUUUGAAAUGACGGUGUCGAAGAGGGGGAGUGAAACAAAACGUGGAUUAUAUUCGUGUGUCUAAUUUGUGUUAUGUAUACCUGAAAGUAGUACGAUCGGUGUUUGUAGUGUUUUAGUCGCUAAUACUGUUGAUAAUUUUGUUAAAACUACAUCAUGUUUCGUGAAAAUGAUUUUCAAGCUAUGAAAAUUUUAAUCGAAGAAGAUCAAGAAAAUAAUAUAUUGAACGCUUUGGGAUUAUUCGAGAAGAAAAAAUUGAUUGAUGCACAAGAGAAACUAUCAGCCGAAUCGAAGCAUAUUGUUAUACCAGAUAAACGAAGAUCAGAACUAUUUGGAAUACCAGUUUCAAAGUCAAAGUCCAAACUAGAUAAUCGAAGAUCGCUACGUAUUCACACGAAGUCGACCGAUGAUUUUGGUAAUCAUGUACCAAGCAAGUUUUCGAAGAUUGUGUGCCCUUUUUAUUCGGAUAGUGAUACCGAACAUCAUAAAGUCCGGAUUCGAAAAAAACACACGUCAAAUAGUUAUGGUAGCGUGAAAGGUGUUUCGAUAGGCGAUAAGUGGAACACUAGAGUUGAAUGUUCACAUGCCGGUGUGCAUAAACCUACAGUCGCUAGUAUUCAUGCAGGAAAAGACGGUGCUUAUAGUGUAGCUAUUUGUGGUGAUUACGAAGAUGACCAAGAUAAUGGAUAUUGCUUCACGUAUACUGCAUCAAUAGGACGUGAUUUAUCCAUAACUCAGGUUAAUAGAAAAAACGUACGAACAUCUCCCCAGUGUAGAAAUCAAUCCACAGAAGGUGCUAGUACUUCGUUGAUUCGAAGUAUCGAGACGAGAAAUCCAGUCAGAGUUAUCAGAGGUUACAAAUUAGAUAGUCCUUUUGCUCCUGAAACUGGCUACAGAUACGAUGGACUGUAUACUGUGGAAAAUUAUUGGACAUGUGUCGGUAAAUCAGGCUACGUGUAUAAAUUUUUAUUGAAACGAUGCUAUAACCAAGCACCUGCACCUUGGCACCGAAGAGAACCUCUCAAUCGAAUUAGAAUCGUUAAAAUACGAAGAAAAAGGCCGAAGAAUAUAAGCACCGUGUUGAAUUUCUCCGGAAAGUUGACGAUGAAUGAAGAAAACGGCGAUCAGAUCACUACCUGUGAGGUAUCGCAAAUGCAACUUAAACUCAAUACCGAUAUGAUGAGUGAUUCGGUCACUAUCGAAUCUUCGGCUGUGUUUUUAAAUAAAGACUGUGAAGAACGACUCAAUCCCGGUGGAACGCUGUCAUAUCAGACAGCAAACGUCUCCGAAGACGACCCCGAAAAGAAAUCAUCGACCGAUGAUAGCAACAAAGAGAAUAGUAACAAAGUGAUUAUUAAAACCAGAUGGCGUCGAUCUCGUCUAAGUUUACCAAUUGUAAAAAAUGGUACAUCGUUGCCCUCUGAAUCGUCUACCGAAACUAGAUCCAGAACUCGUCAACACGAUAGACGGUUAUCGUAUACAGACAGACGGAGUAUAAAAAGAAGUUGUACGAUUCAACGUAGUCAGCAGCCAAAAACACCUCCUAAGAUCGCCUACUUUAACGUAUCCAACGAUCAGUCUUUCAAAUGGUCAUUGUUCGCCAGCGAAGAAGAAAUAAAAAUAUUUCAAAAAUAUUUUCGUAACAAGAAAACCAAGUAUAAUCACGCCGCUGAUUACGAAGGCGAAUUCAAAGGAUUCGAACGUCAAGAAUCGUUGAACAAAGUAGGCCUAAUGAUUUUAGGUUUCAUUAUCAACGAUAUCGAAAUGAAACAACGUUCUAAAUGAUCGUGGGGUUCGCAUAUUGAAUAAAAUUUCACCCAACUUGAUACGCUUAUAGUGAUUGGUAAUUCAUAACGCUUAUUAUAUUGUUUUUCGAUACCUUAAUUUGUGUAAUGUACACUUGUAUUUACGUUGUAUUAAGUUGUUAAUUCUUCCCCUUGUCCCCAAUUUUGCAAUCGUGUUGAGUUUUUGUAUUUCACAUUCCUUUUUUUCUGUUUAUUUUUUGCAUUAUGUUUUAUCGUUCGAUAAUUUACUAUGAUCCAGUGAGGUAUUUUUUUUAUAUUUUUAAAAAGUUGUACUCUGUACUUUUCUUUUUUUCUCUUAUGAUUUUCCGGAGUUUUUUAAAACGUGUGUAAAUAAUGCAUUCCAUUUUGAAGUUUAAAAUUAUUACGUUGGUAAAUUUUUCUGUUUGAUGGAGUCACUGCCCGGUAACACUCUCAUGGGUAACGAAUACUUCGUGUAGCUAGAUUUGGUUUAUUUUUUGAAUGUUUUUUUUUUUAUAAUUAUUAUUUUGUAGGAAUUGUAUGCAGAAAGUUUCAUAAGUUCCUAAUUUUCUCUCUACUACAUUGUCACACUUGAGUACUUUUUGUAUGACAUUUUGCAAUAUAAAACUCUGUGAAAAUGUUUUCAUAUUUUAAAUGAAGGUUUUUCUUCGUUUACGUUAGUGGCUUCCUUUGCCAAAUGAUUGUUCUUGAUUUGUUUUAUUUUGUGAAUAUUUUAAAAUACAUUUUUGUAUCGAAAA